AUGACGGCGCCGGUAUCGCCGGAAGAGGUGCUUCAGAAGAUGAUGCACGACGGCGUGUUUGAUUCGCUUAAGAACCGGAUCUUGCUCGACCUCAAGCAUAAUGAGGAGCUGCGGCAGUACACAGCUAAGCUGGUGCAGGGCAGCGAAACUCUCUCUGCUCAUGACGCCCGCACGCGGAACCGACGAGAGCUAUUUGAAGCAUUGCGGAAACAACUGGAGGCGCCAGUGGUUGAAAAGGCGUCUGGCUUCGCAUGGACCCUCAUGCUCUCACCUCUUUCUGGGGGCGUGGGGGAGGAAAUUCACUCCCGCGUCGAAGAGACCUUCACUCGCCUGCACGCUGAGAAGGCGGCCAGUGACGCGCUGACACGUGGCGGCGGCAGCAGUGCUGCUGGUGGGAGUUUCGAGGAUGCGGUGGUGGCAGCGGGGGAGGCAACGGGAGAGGCAAUGGCGGCAGCGGCACGCGUGGCAGCAGCGGCGGGUUUUGGCCCGAGGAAAGGCGGGGGUGUUGCUGCUGCAGGCGGUGGCGGUGGAGGGGAAGGCACUGGUGGUGCUGGGAAAGGAAGUGUCGCUGUUCCGUCAGAAACGGUAAAGGCAGAUGUUAAGGCUGAGGCUGAGGCUGAGGCGGAGGUUGAGGCGGAGGGGCCUUAUGGUGGGCCUGUGCUGCCUGGAAUCCGGUGUAUGACGGAUAUCACUGGGGAGAAUGAUGCUGAUGAUGCUGCUGCUGCUGGUGCCGCUGGCGCUGCCUCUACUGCUGCUGCUAAUAAUGCUGCUGCUCCUGCCACUGGUGAUAUUGCUUCUGCUGGUAGUGGUGGCCGUGGUGGUGAUAAAGCUGACGACGCCGGUCGAAACCGAAGGGACGACACGGGUUCCGAGAUUCGGAUGAGGAGGAACAAGUGGGACGAGGGGGGAGCAGGUCCGGAAGCCCGAGGGGCCGACGGGAGCAGGGAGGGCUACAGGAGGGAUUCGGAUGGAAGCAGGCGAUUUAGAGCUGAAGACCCCCCUCCUCCUAGGAGGUCUAAGUUUUCAGCAGAGCAUGGUCACCGGUGGGGAGGGGUUGGGAGGGAUGGGGGACGCGGUGGGGAGUGGGGAAUGGCAGGGGAGUGGGGAGGAGGAGAGGGGCCGCUGGAGAGGAGGGGUAGUAGGGAGGGGCCGGCUGUAGCGCCGUCCUCUGCCCCUGCUACAGCCACAGCAGGAGGCUCGGGAGGUGCUGGGCCGGGAGGGUUUGGUCCUAACCUGGCGCCUUUUCAUGGUCCGGGAGGGGCGCAAGCAGCAGUGGCAGCAGCAGCGGCAGUAGCAGCGGCUGCGGCAGCAGCAGCAGGGGCAGCAGGAGGGACAGGGGGAGCAGGCGGUGGGUAUGGUCCUGCUGCUGCUGCUGCUGCCGCUGCUGCUGCCGCAGCAGCAGCAGAGGCGUAUGGGUAUUCGGGAGGAAUGGGAGCUACUGGGGGAGGGUUUUCUGGGGGAGGUUAUAUGGGCCGGGGCAUGUCGACGCAGCACCUGCAUUUUGGUAUGGGCCGAACCCCACCCUCUUGGUUCGGGUCAGGUUCGGCAGCCUGGGCAGCACAGUUCCAGGCCUUGCAGAUGGGUCGGGGAGCUGGGAGCGUAGGAGGUUUUGGUUCGGGUGGGAUGGGAGGUAUGGCAGGAGGACAGUUAGGCUCGGGAGGCUAUGGUUCGGCAGGGUACGGCUCGGCAAGCGAAUGGGGUAUCUCAGGGGGUAACCCUCAUGGCCACGUGUCAUCAGCUCACCCUAGUCAUCCAUCUGCCCAGAUGACGUCACCUCGUGCUGUCGCUGACACAGCAGCAGGAGGAGAAUCCAGCCGUGCUCCUGCUGCUGCGGGCGUUGCUGCACCUGCUGCUACUGGUGCUACUGGUGGUACCACCGCUGCUGCUGGUGCCAGUGCUGCUGGGGCUUCCAAGUCCCCUUUGGCUCACAGGCCGUCCAUACCAACGCCAUCACGCCUGCCCAAGCCGAGGGAGGCUGUGAGAGAGCAGGAUAAGGGGCGGGAGCAGGGCGAGGGGCAGCUGAAGAGGAGAGGAUCCGUUGGCAGUGCCAUUGGCCCUGCCAGCGGUGGUGGGGUUGGUGGCGCUGCUGCUGCUGCUGCUGGUACUGGGAUUGGUGCGAUUGGUGGUGGUGCUGGGGUUGGUGGUGGAGGCAGUAAGGAGAGUGGGGCGAGCGCAAGAGGAGAGAAAGGCGAUGGUGGUGCUGCAAGAAGGAAGGAGGUGGCGCACAAGGCGCCCAUGAAAGGGCAGCAGGUGAAAGUUCAGGGGAAGGAACAACAGGCGAAAGUACAGGGGAAAGAGCAACAGCAGAAGGUGCAGGGGAAACAGCAGAAGGUGCAGGAGAAACAGCAGAAAGAAGCAGGCAAGCAGCAGCAGCAACAGCUGGCAAAGACCAAGGAAGAGCCAAAGAAAUUGCAGCAGCAGCAGCAAGUCAAGGGAGAGCACAGGGUUGAAGGAAAGGGGGUGGAGAAGGAGGUGAAGGUGCAGUCAGUUCCAGCAGCAACAGGGAAGGAUGAGGCACCACCGCAGCAAGCAUUGCAGCUGCUCAUAGGGAAACGACCCAGCAAGUGA